AUGCCCAUCUGCAUCGAGUGCUCCUAUCCGGUCUCUCACUUGUAUAGCACAUACAGUCGCGCUGAUGACCGUUCCCUGGGUAAAGGAGUGCGUCUGACGCAAUGUCCGCGCUGCCAGCGGUUCGCGGACAAAUACGUCGAGCACGAUUUCGUCGUGAUCUUCAUUGAUCUCGUCCUUAUCAAGCCGCAGGUGUAUCGCCAUCUACUGUUCAAUCGGCUUGGGGGAGACGACAACCAGUUCGAUCGCUCCAUAAUCCGUCUUGGGAUUCUACUACUGCUAUUCGACGUCUACCUGACAUGGGCACGGAUUGAGAAAUCCCCAUCACUCGCAACCACCUUUCUUUCGCGCGCGCCCAUCAUCGUCCAAUACCUCUUCUUCCUGAGCCUGAAUGCGCUAGCGACUCUUGCCCACCACCUCACCAUCCGGCUUCUGGCAUCGAUCCUUGCUCCAACACCCCGCGGAUACACUGGCUCUUCUCAGCAUGGCAAUGCGACAGAAGCGCCUCUCUUCUCCAACCCCUCCACACCCAUACUCCCAUCAUUCCCAUCACAGACCAACAACAGCCAAACACAGGUCUCGCCUACUCCGGCAUCGACACUAAGCCCACCGAAGCUCACCCCACAAGGCUCCUCCAACGAUGUAUCGACAAUAGCCAGCGCUUCGGCCAGUGACAUCCACCAUCUCCCUCCCACAACACCCCAAGGAUCUUUCACCACCCUCCCACCACCUCUCCGACGUGCCUCCACCGCCCCAGCACAGAGCAUCAGACCCCUUCCGCCCCCCUCACCAGCCAGUCCAACCGCCAUCAGCACCGCCUUGCUUGUCAGCAGUUGUGCGAAGCUCUUCCCCAUCCUCCUGGUUAUAUGGGGCCCCGACGGCAGCGGAAAUGCGUCCAAUGUCUCCGGAUCCAACAACACCCUGCUCAGCGCCGGCAGCCAGACAACUAUCAUCCAGCAGACAUUAGAUGGCAACGGCCUCGGCCCUGCAGCGACUCUCACCGCAGCUCACCCGACUGCAUCAGGGGCUUCUUCCUUGCCUGGCUCGUCCUCGUUACUGGAAAGUCUUAUCAGGAUCAUGCCCGAGUCUGUACCUACCAGCUAUUUGGCUAGCUUUAUUGACCUGCUUGGACCGCUACUCUCGCUGGGCGCGGCGGACACGCAUCUCGUGCUGCUGAGCAAUAUCGAAGCAUUGUAUAUCCUGCUUGGAUGCGGAUAUCUGCGCGCGGUGGCACUAGCGGUGGCGGGGUUGGCUGCUCGGUGGACUGUACAGAGGGUGAUAUUGGGGGCAGUUGGGGUUGGUUAA